AUGAGGUCGACGUGUCAGAUCCAGCUGAGCGAAGCCUACUUGUUGAAUGGGCAGUGCAUUCGCAACACGCCGUCGGUGAAAUCCAUGGACUAUGCCCUGGGAGCUGGCAUUCUCCUCUAUGCCUUGGCAGCAGCAGGAGGUGUCCUCGCAGCCGGCACCUCCGCCGAGCAGGUAGGCUUCAUGGUCCUUGUGCUAACAGCCCUCGUCGGCCCCGUCAUGAAUCUGCUCCUCAGGGUGAAGGCCGGCAGCGACGCUGAGACGGAAGCCGCCAGGGUAAAGAUGCAACCAGCAGGUUUCGAAGCUCUCCUCUCCCGUGGGUCAAUCGCUGAGAAGUCGACUGAGGGCAACUUUUCUUGGAGCUUCCUACAUUGGGAGGAGGUGCUCGCGGCCGGGCGGCAGAGUCGGGAAACCCGCCCAGAGACCCCCGGCGACGAAGGAAUUCCCAGUGAAGGCUGGGGGUAA